AUGUCAGAAUAUCCAGAGAUCACCCUCGCCAUCGAGGAGUUACCGCUUCUCACCCCGGAAGACGUGCCAAGCCUAGACGACCAUUGCGCGAUAUGUCUCAUCUCGUUCAGGAGUAUUUUUGAGAAAGAGGCUGCAGGAGAAGAGGGCGCUGGUGACGAGGGAGAAGAAGAUGGAAGGAGAGGGGUGACGAAGGUGGAUGGGUGUGGGCAUCUAUUCUGUUUGGAAGAUCUGGCGCAAUGGAUCCAAGGCCGCCACGGCACCUGUCCGACAUGCAGACACCCUUUUCUUCCCCACCUACAACCUCUCGACUCAGACGACGAAGAAGAAUCAGACGGAGGAGAAUACGUCCCUCCCGAUUACGAUGCCGAGACGGACUUCGAGACGGAUCUCGACGACUUUUUGGACUCGGACUCGGAUGGUGCAGAUAGCGAGAUUAUGGGAGUCCAUCCCAGUGAGGACGGUGAAGUUCCGAGGAGGGAACGGGUAGAGGAAGAGGGACAGGGCGUGCUCUCGAGUGAUUUAGGAUGGGAGGAGCAAGGGAGUCCGGAGUGGGGGCUGACGGACGAGGAUAGUAUGAGUGCGAGUGAGGGUGAGGCUGCAUUGGGUGACAGGCCUUCAGACACAGACGUGCAAGUGUGGUUGACACAGGACGGAAACUACACUAUCGACGACGGGGCCGGUGUGCCGAAGACUUAAAGUGGUAGUUGCCCGGUUUACGCUAACUUAUAUCCCCUCGCGAAAACACCGUUCGUCAUGUACACCUAUUCUCCAUUGUUUUAUUCGGUGCUUUAAACAGCCAGUAAUAGUAUUGG